AUGGCUGAGAAACCCGUCCUGGGGAAGCCGGAAGAAGGACAGACUCUUCUGAACGGUGAUUCUCAAAAGAAUGGAAACGGAUUAAGUAAUGUUGAGAAUGGAAUUUACGAGAGUACAACAAGCAAUGCAGAAGAAGAAAGAGGAACAUGGAGUGGCCCCCUUGACUUCCUGAUGAGCAUGAUCGCUUAUGCAGUUGGAUUGGGUGAGUUUACAAGUCAUAAAAAUAAAUACCCCAACGAAAAAGCAACGCUGAUAUUCUUUAACGCUAUUAUUCUUUAGGCAACGUCUGGCGAUUCCCAUAUCUCUGUUUCCGGAAUGGGGGAGGCUCUUUCUUGUUCGCCUACAGUUUCUUUUUUGUCCUUGCUGCUGUCCCCAUCUUCAGUAUGGAGGUAACGCUCGGGCAAUACCUUCAAAGAGGUGCUAUGGAGAUCUGGACGAUGUGCCCCUUAUUCAAAGGUGUUGGCAUCGGCAAUGUUGUUAUCUCUUUCAUGUGCAUCUCCUAUUUCUGUGUCAUAUCAGCUUGGGCUAUCUAUUAUAUGAUCGCGUCAUUCAACACCACUUUCCCAUGGGAGACUUGUGCUAAUUAUUGGAAUGACAAUAAAUGUAUCACCGGAAAAGAGAGACAUGUUGAUCUACACCGAAUUAAAGCAAAUUUAUCCAGAUACGGUCUACAAACAGAGACAUCAGUGGAACAAUACUGGGAGAGAAGGGUGUUAAUGGUGACGGAUAACAUCUCAGAGUUUGGAGGCAUCCAAUGGGAACUGUUCUUUAUCAUGGCCGUCGCGUGGAUCAUCGUUUAUUUCGCUCUUUGGAAGGGAAUUACCAAUGCCAGGAAGUUCGUCUACUUCUGCGCUUGCUUCCCUUACUUUUUAAUCGUCGUUUUGCUAAUCAGAGGGUUAACUCUACCUGGUGCUUUCACUGGAAUCUCAUUUUACUUAACUCCAAACUUUACCAAACUCUCGGAGCCCGCCGUCUGGCAAGAUGCUGGAACCCAAGUCUUUUACUCUUAUGGUGUUGGUUUUGGCACUCUGAUCGCUCUCGGAUCUCACAACAAAUUCACUCAUAAUUGCUAUCGGUGAGUAUCAGACGUUGUAUUGUUUAGCGAGAAAAUUCAUUUUCUCGGCGCCGAUGCGAUUUUCGAUGCGACGUUGCGCUCAUUAUUUUCCCGACAGACUGAUAAUACGGCUAUUUCUUUUCAGUGACGCGAUUAUUAUGUGUUUUGUGAAUGGGGGCACAAGUAUCUUGGCGGGCACGGCAGUCUUCGCUAUCCUCGGAUACAUGUCACUCAUAGCGGAAAAAGAUAUCGCCGAGAUUGUGAAGCCGGGAGUCGGCCUCGCUUUCUUGGCCUACCCUGAAGUCGCAAGUAAUCUCCCAAUGAAACAAGUUUGGGCUUUUUUAUUCUUCCUUAUGAUCACAAUCCUCGGACUGGACAGUCAAGUAAGUGACCGUCUUGUAAUUGUCAACAAAAUCUCCCGUUACGUUAAAUUUUAAUUUUCUUAUAGGUCUGCAUGGUGGAAGGUCUUUUCACAGCCCUCGAAGAUACCUUCCCCACUUAUCUCCGUAAACAUAGAAAGAAGUGUCUAGGCGCUACCUGUCUAUUCUUCUUCAUCCUCGGCAUCCCUAUGGUCUCCUUUGCGGGGUCCCAUUGGCUGACUUUAGUCGAUAAUUACGGUGCGUCUGGCUAUGCCCUACUUUUCGUCGUGUUCUUCGAAGUUGUCGGACUUUCCUGGGGAGUUGGUGCGGAAAGAAUCAAACAGGGACUAAAGGAGAUGAUAGGGAUCUACCCAAACCCUGCGUUCCCAAUCUUGUGGAAGUAUAUCUCUCCAGCCGUUACAUUGGUAUGUUUCGGAAUCAUAAACAAGACCUCAAUCUUUAUUUUCAGCUGAUGUUCAUCCUCUGCACUGUUAUGUACACUCCCAUUUACUACAGUGAUGGUCGUCCAUUCCCAAUUUGGGCCCAGCUCUUCGGAAUCUGUCUCUCCCUCUGUUCGAUGGUUGUAAUCCCUGGUUAUGCUAUUUAUUACAUGGCCACCAAACCAAAAGGACAGACGUGCAAGGAGAGAUUCUUGAAAGGUGUAUAUCCACCGAAAGAAUUGGACGAACAAUUAGAACGUAGGCGGCAAGCAGCGGCGCUGGCCAAACAAGCGGAGGAAGAACAAAGGCUGAUUACUAAAUGA